CGCAUAUGGUUUAUUUUUGUGCUUUCGCUCGCUCUGAAAUAUUCCAAAAAAGGCCAGGGAAUUAGGAGUGGGUCGCGGUCAAUUUCAUUCAGGCAUCAAUGGGUUAAAGAGGAUACUUUGUACACCAAAAUUAUGCUAUAAAACAUAUAGGUCGUGCUCAUUUAAGAGAAAAUGAGCAUUUAUUUCACUGUCAAGCUUAGUGUAGGAGCACGCGCUAAUGACGCGAAAAGUGUACCCAGUUAAGGGCUGCGCAAUGCAACAUAUACUGACAAAUCACCUUAAGAAAGUCCUGGUCUAAUCUGGCACAUAUCCUACACGUCUAAUUGUUUAAAUGGCCUUUUCUUAGUCACAUGCAUAGAAUGAUGAAGUUAACCCCUGCACUACUAAACCCUAAUCCUAACCCUGACAUAUUUUUGUUGUAAAGCUUAAACUUAUAAAUACUUCUUUUAUGCAGGGAAACCAUUUGAAAUUGUUAUUUGAAAGAAGACUAGUCAGAAUUCUGCCAAAAGGAUUACAUAUUAGGUUCUUUGCUCUCAUUUUCCAUGACCUCAUACAAAUCUUGAGCUCAUAAUCUAAUUGUUAAUUGAAAAAUUAGUAACUGCUCUCAUUACCAAGUUUAAAGUUUAAUGUCCCCUUCAAGUGUACUGCCUUUUUUUUGUUAACUUCUUUGGCCAUGCUUGAACGAUGGUCUUUAAAUCUCUGUAAUAUAAACACCCAUCAUUGUUUGGCCCAGGCUUUAAAAGAACAAUUAUAGUGUUCCUGACGUUAUUCUGGGGACAAACUGGGAAAAACAUGCACAUGGGCUCGCAUUUGGUCACUUGGUCAGGGUUACACAACUAACUGACUGCACUUAAGUGCAUCUAAUGAUCUACUGAGAGAAAUAAUGUCAUGUCACCCACUGUAUUGUUUUCCUUGAACAAAAAGUUGACAAAGUUACCUGAAUGAAAUGUAUUUUUUUUACGAAAAAAAAGUGACUAUCAGCCUUACAAUUGGUGAAUAAAUUAUUUACUUAAAACAGAGUACUCACCUGGUAGUAUUCAUUUUUUCCAUUACCUGUUCCUUUUAGUUGAAAGUGAUCUAAAUUCAGUAAUGGCUACUUGAAAUAGCUGCACUUUGGGAUUUAUUUUGACCAUCCUACUUUAAUUUACAUUUCUCUUCUCCUAGAUCACCUAAGUCUUGGAAUGAGCACACACCAGUUGUUUUUAUUUCUUCUGGACCUCUCUCAGAUUCAGUGAGACUCUUGAUGCAAGAGCAGUACAUUGAUGAGCUAGUGUUCAAGUGCCUAACAUUGGAGUAUGAUCUGGGAAGUGCAGUGAAUCGACUGAUAACACAGCCAGGACAGUUUGCUGUUACUCCUAAGUCAAAAAGACCAGGUAUUGUGAGAAAAAGAAAACUCGAGACAGCACUCUCCCCAGCAAGGAACAAACAGUCUUCAGACAUUGUAGCAAGUCCAACCAGUUGGCAAAGUGCACCAUCAACUGGAGAUUUGCCUUUGGGUCCACCCUUGCUACAUGGCUGUGACUACUCACAAAAUACAUUCCACAUGAAUCCUUUCAUGAUGCCACUACCACCUGUACACCAACAACAGCAGCGCCAGCAGCAGCAGCUGCUGCAAGGCUGUGUUGAGCCCAAGAGUGACUUGGAUCUCCCUGGAAAACAUAUGCGUUAUGGAGGGAUAAGUUACACUAGCAGUCACACUGCCGAGCUACCUUCACACUCUCAAUCUGAGUUUAACUUUCAUCCUAACUCUGUCAGUGGAAGACAUAAAGCACAGGCAAAGAAACAACACUGUGCUCAGCAGUGCAUGCAUAAUACUGCCGAGUCAGGAUAUGCACAGAGUGCUUUUGACCAGUGGCGACCCCCAGUGAUUAUGAAGGUUGAGAAGCAGCAGUCACUGAACAGUGAUCCAAAUAAUAAGGACAUCACAGAGGACUCAAAGAAAAGCGAAGAUUGUAAAGAGAAAAACAUUCAAUUUGAAAGAAAAAAGGUCUGUAAACCAAAAUUUAACAGGAUCUCCCCAAAUAAGGAAAGUUGUGUGCAGACUGCCUCACCAAGUUCAAAAAAAAGCCAUACCUCUGGACAGGAAAGAAACAAGCAGAAGUCUACAGGUUCCUCUUCCCUUGAAAGGAAAGUACAACACUUGGACAAGGAAAAGCAAAGAAGAGAACGGAUCACAAAAUCAUGGCACUGGUUGCGACAACUUGUGCCUAACUGUGAUGCAUAUGCAGACAAGGCCACUGUCUUUGAGAUGAGUGUUGCAUAUCUACACCAUUGCUGGAAAUACCAUGGACCACUUGUGCAAAACAUUAACAAGGAGUUUUCCUCCAAGCAGAAAACCACCAUUCCUCCAGAGGAUAUGGAAGGUAUUGUCACUGAAGUCAUUGAAAAAGAAACUAAAGCAUUUGGAAACGUUGGACUGCAGUCAAGAUCAAAAACUUUAUAACCAGAACAUGUAUCUCAGAAAAGAUUUUUUUACAGGUAGUUAAGGUGGCUCCCUAUAGUUUUACGAUCGCAC